ACACUGCGGACUAUCGGACCCGCGGUCUAUCGGACCCGCGGACUAUCGGACCCGCGGUCUAACGGACCCGCGGUCUAUCGGACCCGCGGUCUAUCGGGAUGUCCCCGAUCUGUCAUACCCAACAGGAUCCCAAUCCGAUCAAUAUUGAGAAUGGAGCAUAUGGAACCAUUCUCAUCGCUAUACACAAAGAUAUCGAGGAAGAUCAAAGAAUCAUUGAUAACAUUAAGGAAAUAUUUCGGGAAGGGUCUUCCGUCUUAUUCUCCGCCACCAAUCGAAGGUUUUAUUUUGGAACGAUCAAGAUUCUAGUCCCCCAUAACUGGACCAGGCAAGUUGAAUAUGAGGUUGCCCAGCUGGAAGCCUAUGAGAAUGCUAACGUUAUCGUUACAGAUCAACAGUCUAAUCAUCGUCCUCACGUUCAGAACCCAUUCCAUUGUGGCCAAGAAGGACUAUUUAUCCAACUGUCCAAGACAUUCCUGAUCGACCCUGAACUACGUCAACAUCAAUUUGGAAAUUCUGGCAAGGUGAUUGCUCGUCAGUUUGCCAAACUCCGCUGGGGUGUUUUCGAUGAAGAUUACGUACCAGGAACGGGUGCUGAACCUUUCUACGCGUCAAACGCUAUAAUGGCUACUAAUGGCCAUGAAAUAACAAGAUGCUCUUCAGAAGUUCGUGGAGAUUAUUAUGAUGAUAAAACUGGAUCACUUUGUCUGCACGAUAAUAACUGGAAUUUACCCGACUCUUGUAGAUUCGUACCUAGCACUGUGCAAUCAGCUCGGGCAUCAUUGAUGUUUGCAACUAAUAUUGACUCGGACUUUGAUCUGGCCCAUUCAAUGAAAGCCUAACGUUCUGUCAAGGGAUAUCAGACCAGGAUCUAUAGUAUUACUGAUAUGUUGCACAGCUUGAAUCUCAAGAACUGGAAGUGGUGCUGUAGGAGUUUUGUUAGGUCAAUGGAUGUGUACUUGUAAGCUAUUAUCUCCUUUUGAAUGUUAUUAUUAUAUGCCUAAUUUGUGCAUAAAAAUCAGUUGUCCUGGACCAAAUACAUGAUCCUUGUACAAACUGAUACCUAGUAGAAAUAGCAUCAUGGGUGACGUACGGCAGAGAGCAGAUAUUAAGUUUUGUCCUGCAGCAUUAGCACCUCAAGAGAUUCUGGCAGCUCGCAAUGAAAGGUAAUUAAUAAUAAUACGGGAAUUCAUCUUUGUUGAAGAUGAUAUACAUGCCAUUUACUACAUGUAUGACAGAAGCUGCAGCUAUAAGAUGGCCUUCAUUUCAUCUUCAUCAUCAUCCCUCUGCUGUUUUGAAAUGCUCUCAGAUGAUUCUAGCUGUGACAUGAGGGUUAGACCCAGUGGCGUACCUAGGAUUUUCCACAGGGGGGGGGGCAAAAUCGGUCGCCAAAAAAUUUGACAAGC